UACUCCCAGUCCUUGCGUUUAUUAGUGCAGCAUUUCCCACACCUGCUGCUGUAGAGGCCAGGGAGACCAGGAGCAGCCCAAAGGUUCAUCCAAGCGCCUGCCUCGGCCACGCGCGCAGCGUCCCCGUUGUCGCGCGGUCACCUGUGUGGCCAGUGCCCCACAGCGGCGCGCCCGCGCGCUAGUGACCAGCACCUCCAGAUCCGGCGACACAGAACCCAAGCAUUCCCUGCUUCUCAUCUCCCCGCGACACAGGCGGGACCCCCUUUCCGUCCUGAACCCCUGGCACGGGGCCGCCCAGGGCUGCGCAGCAGGACGCAGCAGGUCUGGGGACCAGGGCUGUUGACUUGGGCAGCACCUGCGGAGGGCCGUGUAACUUCUCCAGGCCUCCUGCCACUUUGGAAACUGCCUGGGACUGCGACAGCAACCCCUUAAGCUCCGCGGGCCGAGAGAGGGUGGGUUGGGUUGGUUUGAAAGACACAGGAAAAAAAAUGUGUUGUGGGGCGGGUUUAGUUUCCCACCCUCUUCCCUUUCCCCGAGCAAAUUAAAAACAAAACAAAUAGAAAAGCCAGCCGGCCAGCCAACCAAAGCCCCAAGCCAAGCCCCAACCGAAGCACUCCUUUAAAAGGAUUUGUAGCAGUGAGGAAAAAAACAGAUCGGACCGAGGAAUCCUGCUGCAAACUCAGGUGUACAUCUCUGAAGUAAGAUGAUUUGUCAGAAAUUUUAUGUGGUUUUGUUACACUGGGAAUUUCUUUAUGGGAUAGCCGCACUUAACCUGGCAUAUCCAGCUGCUCCCUGGAGAUUUAAGUUGUUUUGUGCACCACCAAACACAACAGGUGACGCCUUUCUCCCACCUGCCGGAAUCCCAAAGAACGCUUCGGCUUUGAGUGGGGGUUAUGACGCAGACCUCGAAGCUAGCUUUAACGCAAGUAGUGUCUACGUGUCUGAGUCAUCCCAAACUGUUUCCCACUGUUGCUUUGGGAAUGAGCGAGGUACAAAUUGCUCUGUGCUAGCAAGUAAAACCGAAGGGAAGAUGCUAGCUUCAACGGUAAAGGCUUUAGUCUUGCGCCAGCUAGGUGUAAAUUGGGACAUCGAGUGCUGGAUGAAAGGUGACUUGACCUUAUUCAGCUGUCACAUGGAGCCAUUGCUUAAGAAUCCCCUCAAGAAUUAUGACUCUAAGGUCCAUCUUUUAUAUGAUCUGCCUGAAGUCACAGAUGAUUUGUCCCGGGCCCCUUUGAGAGACAGUUUUCAGGUCGCGCAGUGCAACUGCAGUGUUCGGGGCUGUGACUGCGAUGUGCCAGUGCCAAGAGCCAAGCUCAACCACUCUCUUCUGAUGUAUUUGGAAAUGACAUCUGCCCGUGUGACUUUUCAGUCCCCUGUGAUGGCAGUGCAGCCCUCACUUGUCGUGAAGCCUGAUCCACCGAUAGGUUUGCAUAUGGAAAUCACAGAUGAUGGUAAUUUAAAGAUUUCUUGGGACAGCCCAACGGAGGCCCCGUUUCCACUUCAGUAUCAAGUGAAAUAUUCAGAGAAUUCUACAGUUACAAGAGAGGCUACUGAAGUUGUCUCGGCUCCGUCCCUGCUGGUGCACGGUGUGCUUCCUGGAUCUUCUUACGAAGUUCAGGUGAGGAGCAAGAGGCUGGACAACUCAGGACUCUGGAGUGACUGGAGUUUGCCUCGAAUCUUUUCCACGCAAGAUGUCAUGUACUUCCCGCCCAAAAUUCUGACAAGUGUCGGAUCGAAUGCUUCCUUCCAUUGCAUCUACAAGAAUGAAAACCAAAUAGUUUCCUCCAAACAGAUAGUUUGGUGGCUGAAUCUAGCCGAGAAAAUCCCGGAAAUCCAGUAUAGUGCUGUGAAUGGCCGUGUUAGCAAAGUUACUUUUUCCAACUUGAAAGCCACCAGACCCCGCGGGAAGUUUGCCUAUGAUGCAGUGUACUGCUGCAGUGGGCAGGAGUGUCACCACCGCUACGCCGAGUUAUAUGUGAUCGAUGUCAAUAUCAAUAUAUCAUGUGAAACUGACGGGUACUUAACUAAAAUGACUUGCAGAUGGUCACCCAGCACAAUCCAAUCACUUGUGGGAAGCACUGUGCAGCUGAGGUAUCACAGGAGCAGCCUGUAUUGUUCCGAUAGUCCGUCUAUUCAUCCUGCAUCUGAGCCCAAAAACUGCAUCUUGCAGAGGGAUGGCUUUUAUGAAUGUGUUUUCCAGCCGAUCUUUCUAUUAUCUGGCUACACAAUGUGGAUCAGGAUCAACCAUUCUUUAGGCUCACUUGACUCUCCACCCACGUGUGUCCUUCCUGACUCUGUAGUAAAACCGCUACCUCCAUCUAGUGUGAAAGCGGAGAUUACUAUAAACAUUGGAUUAUUAAAAGUAUCUUGGGAAAAGCCUGUCUUUCCGGAGAAUAAUCUUCAGUUCCAGAUUCGAUAUGGCUUAAAUGGAAAAGACAUACAAUGGAAGAUGCAUGAUGUAUUUGACGCACAAGCAAAGUCUGCCAGCCUGCCGGUGCUGGACCUCUGUGCCGUCUACGUGGUACAGGUGCGCUGCAGGCGGCUGGAUGGAUUUGGGUACUGGAGUAAUUGGAGCAGGCCAGCCUACACGCUUGUCAUGGAUGUAAAAGUUCCUAUGAGAGGACCUGAAUUCUGGAGAAUAAUGGAUGGGGAUGUUACUAAAAGAGAGAGGAAUGUCACCCUGCUUUGGAAGCCCCUGAUGAAGAACGACUCCCUGUGCAGUGUGAGGAGGUAUGUGGUCCAGCACCGUACUGCCCACAACGGCACGUGGUCAGAAGACGCAGGAGAUCAGACAAAUCUCACUUUCCUGUGGGCAGAGCAAGCGCAUACGGUUACUGUUCUGGCCGUCAAUUCCAUCGGUGCUUCGCACGCGAAUUUUAAUCUAACAUUUUCAUGGCCGAUGAGUAAAGUGAGCGCUGUGCAGUCGCUCAGUGCUUACCCCCUGAGCAGCAACUGUGUGAUCCUUUCCUGGACGCUGUCACCCGGGGAUUACAACCUAAUAUACCUGGUUAUUGAAUGGAAGAAUCUUAAUGAAGGCGACGGAAUGAAGUGGCUUAGGAUCCCUUCGAACGUUAGGAAGUAUUACAUCCAUGAUAACUUUAUUCCCAUUGAGAAAUAUCAGUUUAGUCUUUACCCAGUAUUUAUGGAAGGAGUUGGAAAACCAAAGAUAAUUAAUGGUUUCACCCAAGAUGGUGUGGACAAGCAGCAGAACGACGCGGGGCUCUAUGUGAUUGUGCCCAUAAUCAUUUCCUCUUGCGUCCUGCUUCUCGGAACACUGUUGAUCUCACACCAGAGAAUGAAAAAGUUGUUCUGGGAAGACGUUCCAAACCCCAAGAAUUGUUCCUGGGCACAAGGACUUAAUUUCCAAAAGAGAACGGACAUUCUUUGAAGUCUCUCAUGACCACUACAGACGAACCCAAUGUACCAACUUCCCAACAGUCCAUAGAGUAUUAGAAGAUGUUUACAUUUUGAAGGAGGGAAGCAAACCCAAACUAUUGUUCAAAUUAUUAAGAACUAACACGUGAUGAACUUAAUAGAGACGUGUACGUUUGUGGUCACUAUGUGGGUUUGGUGUAGUUCAGUUGGGGUAAAUGCAUAAUUAUCAGAGCACCUAAAGUUUGAUAUUAAUAAUCAUGGUCUCUGCUUUCAAAUUUUUAUUUUUCUGGUCAUAAAAUGUCAAUGGUGUGACUGUUGCUGUCGAAACAUAUUCUUUUACCAAAUGUGGUAGAAAUGUGGUGGAGAUUGCUGGAACUAGGGAGCUCGAACAAGCAACUUCUGACAUCCAGCUUUGCAAAGACCCCAUACACACUACAGGGAAGGUAUUUAGCUUCUAUUCCUAUGUGUGAAAGCUUCUCUACUAAAUUUUUUUAAUGGACACUCAUAAAUUCGUGAAUUUCAGAUUCUUUUGAAUAACAUGGCUUUUGUGUACCAAACUUGGAACAAUCUAGGAAUUUUAGUUUUCUAUAGUCUUGAACAUGACUUAAGUUCUAACUCUCAUUUUAGUUUAAAGAAAACCAGAAGUUGUGGUUUGUGGUGAUCACACACCAAUGGAAGCUGUGUUUUAUAUGAGGAUAACCCCACAUAGACCAGUGGAAGCUAUACUUCAUUUCAGGAUAACAACACACACACACCAGUGGAAGCUAUCCCUCAUUUUAGGAUAACCCUACACACUCAGGUCAAAUUGCCCAGAGCAGAAGAGAGUAACAACCUCCAUGAAUCAACUUAUUUCCACUGAAUCAGCCAAAAACUGCUGGCAGACAGGGAGGUGUGCAAGAACAGGAGACUUUCUGGGAUUUUACAAAUAGGUCCUGGUGAGGACAGGGCUUUUCUCCCUGAAAAACAGAUGUCUUGCCAUAUCUGUAUGACGUUAAUAUAUAGUAUAGACUUUAUUGCUUACAUUCAAACUAAACCAAACUGAUGGACACAAAUAACAUUCAAAUUUAAGAUACGUGGAUCACUUAGAUGCGAUUGGUAAUUUGGUUUGGAUGUCUAAAGAAAGUUAAGACACUAGGAGGGUUGUAUCCCCUUUUCUUCAUUUAAUAUUAACAGACAUCAUUGUAAUAUAAUGUCUAGCUGCAAACUUAUGAAAGGUUGGUUUUCGAUUCUUAUAUCCACAGAGUGAAAUAAAUUUUGAACAAACAUACUUUGAAGAAGCUCUGUGACCAUUGAUAAUAUAUAGUUCAGUAAUGUGUAGUUAAGAAGCAUUUAUUAUUUAAGGCUUCCACAUGAAUGCCUUUUAAGAUGGCCAUGACUUGUUUCACAAUUAACUAUUCAUUAAGAAGGUGUAGGGCCCAUGGAGGAGAUGGAACAGAUCAUUUGAAAAACACACAUGAACUCACCUGCAUGCUGUAUGUUGUUCCUAUUUUUCCAUAUUGGUAGAAAGAAGACAGCAAAAUGAAUGGAUUGGAUGUCAAGCUUGUUUAAACUUUUAGAAAAAUUCAGCAAUAUAAGUAGUAAAAAUAUUAAGGGAAAAAAUAGAAUGUUUGGAGGAAGUCACAAAUGCACAGACUCCUGUCAGAAACAGUGUGGGAGUAGGAUCCAUUUUCUGCUUGCAGCAUUUUUGGCAGUGUUUGUCAAUCAGUAUUUUAACACUGACAUAGGUCUAUGCCAUUACUAUAUUUAGUGUUCAGUAUAUUUAUUCCUCUACUGUUUAAUCACUAAUAUAUGUCAGCUAAGAAUUUGCAACUGCUGUGUUUUUAUAUGGAAUAUGCUUGCCAUUGUGAAGAACAUUUGUGUAUACUGCUAUCUCAGGCCAUAACUCAGAAUUCACUUUAUUAGCUUAAAAAACUGUAACAUGCCAAAGCUAAAUUACACGUAUGAUCUAUGAACUGAACAUAUUUUCUACUUAGUUGUGUUAUCCAUUCAAUGUGAUAUAUCUGCAGUAUUUUUAUUUGAGUUCUAUGUUUUAAGUUUACAUUGUUCGUACUGAGCUUUUUGCACGCAGAUUUUUGAUUUGUAGCCGCUUGACAGGAUUUCAUUGUUCUGUAAUCCUUGUUCUUAUAAAAAAAAAAAACCAUGCUGUACAUU